UGCGCAUGGGCGGGGAAGGGGGAACCAGCAACACAGACAGCGCGGUCGGGUUUUGGGGGCAGCCGGCGGGAGAGUUCUGGAACUCCCUGAAGCUGAGGCGCAGCGGAGCGUGGCCGCCGAGAAGAACAAUUUAAACCUUGCGGGCUCUGCCGGGAGUCGGCGGCCGGACGCCAGCAGAGUCUCGCACAGCCUCGGCAAGCCUCCAAUUUACAAUGUAGCCAAAGCUAGCCUUGAUCUGGUGAUCUUUCUGCCUCCACAUCUUGAGAGCUGGAAUUACAGCUAUAAGAAGUAGACCAAUCACGUGACUUCCUACGGUGCGAGCCAUGGCACUACCGUUCCGGAAGGACUUAGGGGAGUAUAAGGACCUGGAUGAAGAUGAGCUCCUUGGCAAUCUGUCAGAAACAGAGCUGAAACAGCUUGAAACUGUCCUGGAUGAUCUCGACCCCGAGAAUGCCCUUCUGCCUGCAGGGUUUCGGCAAAAGAACCAGACAUCAAAGUCUGCCACAGGGCCCUUCGAUAGAGAACGUCUCCUUUCUUAUCUAGAGAAGGAAGCAUUGGAGCAUAAAGACCGGGAAGACUAUGUGCCCUACACUGGAGAGAAGAAAGGGAAAAUUUUUAUCCCCAAACAGAAACCUGUGCAGACUUUCACAGAAGAUAACAUAUCUCUUGAUCCAGAGUUAGAAGAAGCUUUGACAAGUGCCUCUGACACGGAACUGUGUGACCUUGCAGCUAUCCUUGGGAUGCACAAUCUGAUUACAAACACUCAGUUCUGUGAUGUGGUGGGAAGCAGUAAUGGUGUCGACCAAGAACAUUUUUCAAAUGUGGUAAAAGGGGAAAAGAUUCUUCCAGUGUUUGAUGAGCCACCAAAUCCAACCAAUGUUGAAGAGAGUUUAAAGAGAAUUAAGGAAAAUGAUGCCCGUCUUGUUGAAGUUAAUUUGAAUAAUAUUAAAAAUAUCCCAAUUCCAACUCUAAAAGAUUUUGCAAAGACUUUGGAAACCAACACACAUGUGAAACAUUUCAGUCUUGCGGCCACCAGGAGCAAUGACCCCGUGGCUGUUGCAUUUGCAGACAUGCUGAAAGUGAACAAAACUUUGAAGAGUUUAAAUAUGGAGUCCAACUUCAUCACAGGCACUGGGGUUUUAGCACUGAUUGAUGCUUUGAGAGACAAUGAGACCCUGACAGAGCUCAAGAUCGACAAUCAGAGACAGCAGUUGGGCACAGCUGUAGAAUUAGAAAUGGCUAAGAUGCUUGAAGAAAAUACGAAUAUCCUUAAAUUUGGGUAUCAGUUUACACAGCAGGGACCCCGAACCAGGGCAGCCAAUGCUAUAACGAAAAACAACGACUUAGUGCGCAAGAGGAGAAUUGAAGGAGACCACCAGUAAGAAUGCUGAGGGUAACCUUGGAAGCCUGCAGCUCACCAGAGGCUCCUGUUGGGACAGCAAGAUGUAAAAACUUCCUGGGGAGAAGGGAAAAGACUGGAAAUCUUUUUUUUUUUUUAACUAUAUGCAUUAUUUUCCUAGCUUAAGGUAUUAUAUUUGAUUUGUAAAAUCAGUGAUGGGUAGAAUUAUAUUUGUAGCCUUUCUACUGAAAUCAUUUUAAUUUAGCUUAAUUGAAUGGCUUAUAAUUUUUAGAUAAAAAUUUAGAAGUCAUGUAAAUAAGAAUAAUUUUGAACACCUUGAGGACCAAUCUUUUUCAAUCAAAAAGGGACAUUGCUGACUCAGUGUUGCUCCUUACACAUAAAGGGUAAGGCACAUGGCAGUUUCCUUUUUAAAAAAUCCAUGAAUUUGGCAAGAGUUUGCUUUUUCCUUAUUAGGGAAAUAAAUUUUCAGAAUUUUAAAAGAUGGCUCAGCAUCUGAUUUAUCUCCAUAAGCCAGCGCAGGCCUCCAGGAGACAGACCGGUCUUCCUCUGGGAGACAGAAUGGGCCACUGUGUUGCAGGCUUCUGGUCUUGUCCACUGAGCCUCAGCUACACUGGGGUUUUUGUUUGUUUGUCUGUCUGUUUGUUAAUACUCUGUAAUACUGCCCCACUGCCUGCCUUGUUUAGAAGUAUAGUUAUAUCUAAGAUUACUACAGUAUUUCAUCUUGUGGGCAUUAAAUUUUUGGAAAAGCUAAUGGUUAAAGAGCAUCAAAGUAGAGAGGUUAUUUUCUUCCCCAUAAAAGGCUCUUGGGCAAUACUCAGUUACUUAGAGUAAAAGAAAAAAGAAAGGUGCUGUUAGAUAUAGGAGGGAGUUCAAGCCCAAGAAACUCGCAACAUGGCCAUUAAAGCUGGUGAGCACUGUCAGUUAGAAAGUAAGACAAAGACAUGAGCUCCUAUAAUCCUAGCACUCGGGAAGCUGAGAAAGGAAUAGUUCCAGAUGUUCAAAGCCAGCCUGGACUACAUAGGAAAUUCCAGGUUAGCUUGGACUACAGAUAUGAGAACCCAGGUCAAGAAAAGAAAAACCUGUACUGUGUGGUAAAACGUUCCAUACGUGAUUGCAUAGGUGCACUGCAGCAUUGCAUGCAUAGAGUUACCCCACUUGCACAGUGUUCCAGCCAAUCGCAAGAACUGCCAUUCUUCAGAAAUCCAACUUUAGCAGAUGCUGCCUUUCAUCUUGUACCUUUAAAAAUCCAUAUGGUUAAAAAAAAUUCCUAUAGCAUAGAUUAUGUUUAUCACCCAGGCAUAGAGUGAGGACUUGAGAGCACUCUGCAGACUGGGGUUGGGCAAGGCUGCACACUGAUGCCCUGUCCCAGAGCAGCUCCUACAGAGGGAGUAGCAGAGGCGUUCACGGCCACGGGCAACAGAGGAAAAGGUCCAGUAUGAAUCCGUUGACUUUGCUUAUACCAUUCCAGUUCUGUUCUAUAGUACGUUAUAUAACUGAAGAAAAUACUUCUUUAUAAGUAACUUAAGUCUGAACUCAUUUGAUUAAAUAGAUAUGUCUUAAGAAUUAUAAUGGAAAGCCGGGCGGUGGUGGCGCACGCCUUUAAUCCCAGCACUCGGGAGGCAGAGGCAAGCGGAUCUCUGUGAGUUCGAGACCAGCCUGGUCUACAAGAGCUAGUUCCAGGACAGGAACCAAAAGC